AUGAUGGUCUCGUCGAACCUUUUCUCGGCGCUCGUCGCCUCGUUCUUCGUCUCCUCGCUCGGGCUACCCGUAGACGCCAAAGAGCUGCUCCAACUCACACCCGACACCUUUGACUCGGAGGUGUCCAAGGGAUAUUGGUUUAUCGAGCACUACUCCCCGUAUUGUGGGCACUGCACGGCGUUCGAGCCUACAUGGAGGAAAUUGGUCGAUGAAGCCGAGGAGGAGAUUCCUGCCGUCAAGUUGGCGCAGGUGAAUUGUGCGGUGCAUGGUGAUCUGUGUAACAAGAACAAGAUCACCGGGUACCCCACCCUACUCCUAUUCGAAGACGGCAAGAUCAUCGAAAAGUUCAAGGGAGGUCGUAAACUCGACGCACUCAAAGGCUUCCUCAAGGAGCACGUCAAAGUCGGGGACGACGUCGACGAUGAUGAUUCCGACGAUGAUGACAGCGACUCGGACGACGACGAUGAUGAUGACGACGACGACAAGCACAAGCCCCACAGGGCACACACCGCCGGCACGCUCAACCCCUCCGGCCAAAUCGAAGAGCUCACCUCAAAGACCUUCCAAACGGCCCUAAACCGCGGACCGACGUUCGUCAAGUUCUACGCUCCAUGGUGCGGCCACUGCAAGAAACUGGCACCAAUUUGGAUGCAAUUGGCUUCCUCACAAAAGGGCCGUACGCAGAUCGCAGAAGUGAACUGCGACAACGAAGGUGCACUGUGCAAGUCGCAGGACAUCAAAGGCUACCCCACCCUCGUCUACUUCCAGAACGGCGCCCGCUCCGAGUACGUAGGCGGACGCAAGCUCGACCAGCUGCAGGCCUUUGCGGACAAAGCCUCUGCCGAAACCGUCCAACUCCUUAAGAACCCCGCGGACGUCGAGAAACACAUCAAACAGGAUAAAGUCGCCUACGUCCUCAUCUACACCUCGAACGACCGGGAUAUCCUCAAGAUCAUGCGCGAGGAUUCGUCGGUGCUGUUGGGUUCGGUGCCGAUUUAUGCUACGCCUUCCGCGGUUGUUAGGGAGAAGUAUGGUGUGCCUGUUAGUGUCCCGUGGGCGCUUGUUGCGCUCAAGGACCACGAUUCGGAUACGCCUUCUGCGACGCUGUACGGUACGCCCACUUCGACGCGCGAGGACCUCAAGGCGUGGCUUACUGCCAAUCGUCUACCGACCUCCCUCGAGCUCACACAGGAUACCUUCCAGAGUGUUAUGAACGCCCCACACGCGCCUCUUGUUGUCAUUGCUACCUCGAACAAAAUCCUCGAGGAUAAGAUCCAGAAUAAGAUGGAGGAGCUAGGUCGCAAGUGGCGUAAGAGGAAUAGGGGGAGUGGGGUUGUUGGUGGCAAGGAUGUUGUGUGGACGUGGAUGGACGGAGAGAGGUGGAAGGAUUGGAUGAAGAGCAUGUAUUCGAUCAAGAUUGAUUCGGAUGAGGAUGAUUUGGAUGAUGUGAAGGUUGUCGUUGCGAGGCAUAAGGAUUUGGUGUACUAUGACCAGGAUCGCUCUGGGAAGAGGUUCAAGCUUACCCAUGGAGAUCGACUCUUCAAGGCGCUGGAUGAUAUCGUUUCUGGAAAACUUGGAUACAAGAACUCUGAGAAUGUGAUUGAGCGGUUUGCUAGGACCAUCAACAACAAAAUGAUCUCCCUCGAAGUAUACAUCUCGACCUACCCCUUCCGGUUUAUCUUCUUCCUCUUGACAGGCCUCGGAGUCUUGUUCUGGGUCCUGUUCAAGUGGGUAGGCAGUGAUGCUGCGAGGUUGGAGAGGGGGGAUCAUGUGUUGUAUAAGGCGAAGGAGGGGAGGAUUGAUUAG